GUACAACUUGAAAAACCAUAAGUUCGAAUUAAGACUUUCUAUCAGUCACUGUUUGGCGUGUGACUGCUAACCCUGAAGUAGUGGCAUUUCUUUUUUUUUUUCCUGACAACCGCAGUUGGAACAACUCCUACCUAGUCCGAAGAUAUGGCCGAUUUGUCAACAUCCAUUGCCGGGGUCAAACUCCCAAACUUGCUUCUCAAUGCUUCAGGCGUCAACUGUAGAUAUGAGAAUGAACUUCAACAGCUUUUGGACAGCAGUGCUGGCUCCUUGGUUACCAAAUCAGCAACUUUGAAUUCUCGAGAUGGAAACCCUGAGCCUCGUUAUGCUCCUCUCGCAGGCCAAAUUGGCAGUAUCAACUCCAUGGGAUUGCCCAACCAAGGAUAUGAAUACUACUUGGAAUACGCCAAGAAAUUCGAUUACAACAAUGGAAAGCCACUCUUCAUAUCCUUGGCUGGUAUGUCCCUUGCCGAUAACAAAGCCAUGUGCGAAGCUUUCCGUGAUGCCAACCUUCCCUGUGUCCUCGAGAUCAACUUCUCAUGCCCCAACCUUCCCGGAAAGCCUCAGUUAGGUUAUGACAUGGAGGCUAUGGAAGCUGCUCUCAAAGUGCUUGCUCCCAUAAUUGGCAAGCCAUUUGGUAUCAAGCUCCCACCUUACUUUGACAUUGCUCACUUUGAUCAGGCCGCCGCCAUCUUUAACAAAUUUGACAACAUCGCUUAUGUCACCUGUAUCAACUCUGUUGGAAACGGUUUAGCCAUUGAUUGGGAAUCCGAAACUGCAUUGAUCAAGCCAAAGGAUGGCUUCGGUGGUCUCGGUGGAUUGAUGGUCCUCCAAACUUCUCUCGCCAACGUCAAUGCUUUCUAUAGAAGAUUGAACAACGGUAAGCAAGUCAUUGCAUGUGGUGGUGUUACCUCCGGUAAGGAAGCAUUCCUCCAUAUCUUGGCUGGUGCUUCCGCCGUCCAGAUCGGUACACAAUUGCAGGAAGAAGGCACUGGUGUCUUUGAGCGUGUCUCCAAGGAGUUGCAAGAAAUCAUGGCUGCCAAGGGAUACAAGAAUGUUGAAGAAUUUAGAGGCAAAGUCAAGACCUUGUAAAGUUAGCAACACACAGACUUGAUAUCUUUGCAAAAAUAUAAACUUUUUUUUUAUUUGUGUGUUAACGAAAAGAAGAAAUCCAAAACUAGAGAGAUUUGAUCUCGUAUGUCUUUUUCUGUUUAACAAGAUAUAAGAAUCAAUUGUAAUAAUAAAAAUUAUAAAAAGGGACGAGAUUUACAAAGCAGCCUCAUCAAGGU